UACAUUUAACACGUUAUUCGUCCGACACAAUCUAAGGUCCGUACAUGUUCAAUCCGAUUCUCGCUAGUGAUAAGAGGCUCUCGUUUGGUUUCAUUAUAGAUUAUAAGUAAAAGAUAACUAUUUGCCACAUUUCCUGUUCUUCAUUCCUCAGUGCAAGUCAGGCUAGACACGAUCAGGUUUCCCACCGAACCUUAUCGGAAGAAGAAGAGACGGUCAGUCAAUUGUUUGCGUUCGUCUGUACGUUGUCUUGUGUUGUCUGUUUAAAAAUUGAUCAAGUUUUCAAGCAAGAUGAAGAACAAGAUGCCUGACAGAUGGGAAAUUUACAAGUCCAUGGGAAGACAGAUCCCCGGAACAAGAUUCAUAUGCUUCAAAGUGCCUUUACGAGUGGAGAUCGUGCAGAACGCCGUGAGCAGAGGAGCUGAGUGGUUUUGUCCCAGGACCCUUAUGGACCACUGUCACAAUUUGGGCAUCAUCGUUGAUCUCACCAACACGGACCGGUAUUAUAACAGUUCGGACUUCACUAGUCAGGGUAUCAAGCAUAUUAAGAUCCCGACUAUGGGCAAAGUGGUACCAAGUCCAAAAGUCUUCAAACAGUUCUUCAAAACUGUACAUAGGUUUCUUGAAGAAAACAAGGAAAAUGAGAAGUUGAUCGGCGUUCAUUGUACUCAUGGGUUAAACCGUACUGGAUAUUUAGUUUGUAGGUACAUGAUAGAGCAUUUAGGUGUACCACCGGACCAGGCUAUAUCAGAUUUCAACAGUGCAAGGGGGCAUGACCAAGAGAGGGAAGAGUACUUGUGUCAUCUUCGCCAGUUAAAGUGGCAGCAGGAACCAGCGGUUUCCUCCGACAGCGAAAAUGAAUCGGCCAAAGAAGUAAAAACGCCUACUGGUAAUCAACGUCGUGCCAAGAGAAAUUUUGAUGCUAUCCGCGGCGAAGAUGACAAUGAUGACUCUUGGCCCACUGGACCAGCAAGAAAGUGGCCACGUACCCCCCACACAGAACGUAGAGACUAUGAGCAGCAGCACUGGCAGUAUAAUAGAAGCAGCAGGACCCCAAGGCAAAGCUAUCGGAGGUUGUCGUCGGAAAAUCCAAGGCACAAGGUCCAAACCUCCCCAUUUGGAGGGCAACGAUACUAUGACUCCUACUACCAAGGAAGGGCAGCUCCACAAUAUGACUUCAACUUUUACCAACAGCAGGGGUCGGGGUUGGGACCGCACAGAAACUCGCCUAGGUCAAGGAAUGUCCGCUGGGAAAACAACAGUACACGAGGGAGGCCGAGGCAGUAUCAGGGGCCAAGGCAAUAUGCGACGCCCCCCAAGAGGGAGAGGGAGAGAUUAGAUUUCAAUGAUGAUACCCCUAACAACAAGCGUAGUACUCCGACAGCUCAUGGAUCUAGGCAAAACCCAUUAAGCCCUGGACCCUCCAGCAAUGUAUUCAGCCCAGGAGACUCCAACACUUUCAGCCCUGCAGCAGUUGUUACCAGCUGGCGUAGAAGCAAUACUUUUAGUCCAGAAAACUCCAAAACCUUCAGCCCUAGAGCACGUAGCUAUCGCAGAAAAUAAUUCUUCUAUUGCAGAAACUAAUUCUGCAUUGGUCCAGUGUUAUAAUAAAUUUUUUUAACUAUAUGAUGCACCAAACUAUAUUUUUGGUUAAAUAUGUAUUUGUUUGGUACAUCCAAUAUAUAUAAUUUUCAGCGUUUUCCAAUGUUUUGAUAUUAGGGGUUUUGGCAUACGUUUUUAAUAUUCUUAAAGAGAAACCUUAAGUGUUUGGUGCAAUAGAACAUCCCUCAUUAGGGGACCUUUAGUAGCUUGUUGUUAUGAACAUUCUUCCCGAACUUACUUUCUUACAUUUUCUUUCUUACACUUAUUACUUAAUAUUAAUUUCUCUUUUUACUUUGACAAAAUUAAUCUUUGUGACAUAUAACAAUAUGUAGUAUUGGACUUGUAUUGUGAAAUGUAGGUUUUCAUCACUUGAAAAUAUAUUCAUCUCUUGGUUUCAAUAUAUCUGCUCACUAUGCAGACAAAUUCCUUUGUUCAAGAUAUUUUAUAUACUGACACUUAAUAUACAAUGAAAUGUGGACUUUGUAUAAAAUGUUUCAGAAAUAUAAAUUUUUCUAAA